CCCUUAAGUAAUAAAGUGCAUUUUGGAUUGAUUUCACUAUAGCAGGGGAACCCGCGGAUCAAUACCACCAUACUAAAAAUAAUUGUUAGUGUCCUUAUGUUGAUAGUAUUGUUAGUUUGACAAAUGAAAAAAAAUGUCUGUCAAUUGAGUUUGAGUUUUAAACCGGCGAAUUGAUUCGUGUGAAGUUAUUUUCUCAGAUUUGGUGCAAUAUUACUGUAAAUAAACUUUUCUGUCGUUUACGUUGAGUUGAUUAAGUUCCUCCGUAUCGGGCGUGAUAAAGUUUGCUGUUCAGUGUUAUGUUUUUUGUGAGAUAGAGACUCUUUUAAAUAAGCUGUGUUUCAACUUCUACAGAAGUUUAAACUCUUAUUUACUUUUCUGUUUAAUGGGUAUGUUAUCUACUUACUUGAAAUAUUAGAUCUAUUACAAAUCUAUUUUUCAUUAUAAACAACCCUAUGUGAUGAAAAUGUAAAUGUACUUUCAAAACUGGUAAAUGCAUGAACCAGGGCAUUGACACUGGUUGGAGAGAAAUUAUAGGCUUUGUUUAAUUAAUACCUAUUUCAUUUUAGGCUUCUACUGAUAAUGGAGAGUAGAAACAACAAGAAGUGCGUUAUUUGUAAUAAGAGGCGAAGGCGAAGGCGUUAUUCUUGUUCUUUUCUAAUAGGUAUUUCUUAUUUCAGUUGUCGAAUGUGGGUUAAAAAUGCUGGCAUAGAAGACUUAGCAUAUGUACCUAUUGAAAAGUUACACCAACUGAAGUUUGUUUGUGGUGGGCACUUCACUCCUGAAUCCUUCAAUGCCAAAGGAACUCGGCUGAAGAACUCAGCUAUUCCAACACUGGAAUUGAGCAAUCCCAUCUUGCCAGAUGAAGUUUUGACAGAGUUUCCUCUUCAUGUAAAAGACUCCAAUAAAGAAAACCUCAAGACAGUUCUUUAUGAUCAUUCAUAUUGCAUUCCAAAGAAGUCAAAUCCAGUUGAACGAGUUCCCCUUACAACUACAACCAAACAACUAAAUUCAACAUGUUUGGGAGCUGUGGAUAUACCAGAUUCUGGUAUUUCUGCGAAAACAACUUUUGAACCUCUUCCUUCUACUUCCAAUGCACCAGAACAUAUGACCUAUAAACCCAUUACUCAUGAUGAUAAAAACAUUUGCCAUCAAGAUGCACAGGCAGAAAUAUUAGUCCACAGUUAUAAAAGACCUAAGAAAAACAUUGAAAUGAAAGACACUUCAUCAACAUUUACAAUUAAAGAGAAGAGGCUUUGGCGACAGUUACAAAAUGCAAAAAAAAACAAUAAGGAAUAUAGCGAAGUCAAGAGUGAAUUUAGACAAGUUAGAUUCGGAAGUGCUGACAUCGUUAGUAAAGGAUGUAGUGCAGAAUAACAAAAAAAAGUCACAAGGAAAAAGGUGGACUUUAGCCAACAAAAUAUAUGCUUUGGCUAUAUUUAAACGGUCCCCUAAAGCAUACCGCUAUAUGCAAAAGCUGUUUACGCUACCAAGCACUAAAACGCUCCAAAGGAUUUUAAAAAAUAUACCAAUGGAGCCUGGUAUAAAUAAAAAUAUAAUUGAUAUGUUAGAGGCAAAAGCAUCAAGUAUGCCAAAGGAAAAUAAAUAUUGCUCGUUAAUAUUUGACGAGAUGGCGUUAAAGAAACGGAUAAUUUAUAACGAAAUUGCUGAUAAAGUGGAUGGCUACGUGGAUUAUGGAGAGGGCGAGAACAUGGGACGAGAAAAGAAAAUUGCAGACCAUGCGUUAGUGUUUAUGAUACAGGGUGCUAAACAUAAAUACAAACAAUAUAUUGCGCACUAUUUUGUGGAAGGCACAAUAUCAACAGCAAAACUGGCAAAAAUUAUAUCGGACAUCAUCAAAAAAUUAAAAGAAAUCGGAUUUAUGGUUCUAACAACAGUUUGUGAUCAGGGAUCUACAAAUAUAGGAGCUCUUAACAUGUUAAAAAGAAACUGUGGACAAGGCAUAGAUAGCAACUUUUUCUCUGUAAAUAAUGACAAAAUUUUUAUAAUCUAUGACAUCCCUCACUUGUUCAAAUCAUUACGAAACAAUUUCUUUAAAAGUGGAAAUAUGUCUUUCGAUGGAAAAAUUGCACAAUGGAGGCAUUUGGUAGUUGCAGAAGAACACAACAGAAAUUUUUUAAAUUUUAAAAAACUGAAUAGUAUAGGUGUACCAGAAUCUCAUGGCAAAUAAAAAUAUUGGAAAAGUGUGUUUUUCAUAUGGCCAUUGUCUAUGGCUCUAUUGUCACCUGUCAAAGUAAAUCAAGAGAUCUGUCAGCCGCUGCAGAAAUUUUGUAAUCUCUUCAUGCCUAUUUGUUAUUUUUGUGAAAAAGUCGAAAAAGCUCAAGCAAAUCAUAUUGUUUUCAAUGUGUAUUGUAAAAUAAGGCAUAAUUCAAAGUCAAUCUUUGAUUUUAAAGCACGUCGUUGAGUUGACAGUAAGUUGGAGUGAAAUGUUUUGAUACAUUUAGUUUAUUACCUAACUGCGUCAGAAAGAGGGUUAUGUUUAUUUUUAUAUUAUUCUUACCUAAUAGCUGCUUUAUCGGGGUUUUCAGGUGUAUUUCAUACAUUGGUGCAGAGGAAUAGUGAAAAAGUUAUGACCAUGUAAAGAAAAUUGAAAAAGAUUUCAUCAAGCAAGUUUGAGUAAUUGAAAUGCUGAAAGA